GUAUGUUAGUCAAAAAACCAGAAUACUGAACAACACACUCACCAAAAAACCAGACACACUGAACUGAACAACAUUAUCACUAAGUCGACAACAAAAACGACGGAAAUGGAUUCCCUGCAUUCAAAUAGUGAAUGCAGGUAAAUCUCAACCACCCAUUUAUUUGUGUCUUUUAUUUAUUUUGGGAGCUUUGAAUCUGGACCAUUACAUUAGGGUGACUGCAUGACUGCAUUGUCAAUUUUGAAUGCACCUAAUCCAAAAACGACACUGUCCUUAAACCUUAAUCAUCAAAAGAGGUUAUCUUUUUUAUGUUCCUCUCAAUUUCUCCAUUUUCUCUUAGCUCAAAUUCAACAAUGCUUUCAUAGUGUUUCUUUUUUAUCUUCUUAAUCCAUGGAAAUUCUCAACUUUUCAACCUCAAAAACCAUUACAUACCCAUUUUUCUGCAACCCCAAAACUCUAUACCCAUCAAACCGUAACACCCCAUUUCAUAGAAACCUUUUCCAUUUCUAUCAAACAACUUCUACUUCAAGAAAGUUUCAAACUUUUGCUCAUUUUGGAAGACCCAAUAACCGCCGCAAUUCACUGAGAAACAAGUUUCUUCAUGAUAACCGGGUAAGUCUCAAUCAUAUUCCCAAUGACCCAUCUUUUGUUUCUAGUAAUGGUGUUGAAGAGAGUGAUGUAAGUUUUCAAAAUGAUGGUUUUGUUGAAUUGGAAAAAGAAAAAUCUAAACUUUUAGGUGAAUCUGUUUUGUUGGAUAAAUUGGAGAAUUGGGUUGAUCAGUAUAGGAAAGAUAGUGAUUUUUGGGGAAUUGGGUCUAGUCCUAUAUUUACUGUUUAUGAAGAUUCAUUUGGUGGUGUUAAAAGGGUUUUAGUUGAUGAAGAUGAGAUUUUGGAAAGAGUUAGGGUUCAGAGAGGUGGAAAUGAAAUCGAGGAUUUAUCUGAAGUGAAGUGUAAGAUUUUGGAGGCUAAGAAGCUAGCUAGGGAUAUGGAGAAUGGUGAUAAUGUGAUUGCGAGGGAUAGUUCUGUGGCUAAGUUUGUGGUUCAAGGUGAGGAGGAGGAGAAGAGUGGUUUUGUUAAGGCUGUUAGAGGUUUAGUUGUUCAGCCUCGGAUGGUUACGAAGCUUUCGGGGGUUGGCGGAAUAGUAUUGUGUGUUUUGGUUGUAAUGUUUGCUGCGAAGAAAUUGUUUAGUUUUGGAGGUAAAGAAGUUGAGUAUACAGAAAUGGAGAAGAAAAUGAUGAUGAGGAAGGUGAAGGCUAGAAAAGAGAAAGAGAGGUCGAUGAAGGGUGCUGUUGAAGUUAUUCAUAAAACUACGGAGAUACCGGCGGUGAUAGGUGUAAAGAAGCCGAAGUUAGAUAAAGAGCAGCUUAAGAAUAAUAUUGUAAAAGCUAAGGCUUCUUCUGAUAAACUUGUAGUUCAGAAUUCUUCUGGUGAAAUGAGAACUGGAUCUAAGGAUAUGGACUAUAAAGUUCGAGAGAUCAGAGAAAUGGCUAGGCAGGCACGGGAAAUUGAAGGAAGAGAUCGUUCUCUAGUUAGUAAGGAUAUGGAAAUGGAUGACUCUGUGACUGGGAAAUCCUCCGAUGAGACUGAAGUUAUAAUAAAUAAUAGCAAACAAGAUAAUGGUUUAAGUAAUCGUCAAAAUGAAGUUGCAAGGAAAACAACAGAUAGUAAUGAAAUUCUGCAAACAACUUCUGAUGAUAUCACGGAGAACGUUGUUAAUUCAAUCGAGCAUGAGAUAGUUCGUGAUGAUAGAAAAGUUGAUAAAGGGGAAAUAGGAAUCAAUGAAAACACUAUGACCCUUAAAGACGAUAAAUUGUCACGUACUCCUAUUAAUGGCUCAUUUAUGACAAAUAAAAGUUCAGUGACCAAGAAACCGAGGAUCAUACGGUCUGUCAAGGAAGCUCAGGAUUAUCUUUCAAAGAAACACGACAAACAAAAUCCUGAUACAGUAUCUCAAAUUGAACUUGGAAAAGAAAACAUCACUGAUUCAAAGCCUUCCGAAUUUGUUGAUUUUAACAACAAGAAGCAGCAAAAUUUGGAGAUGAAUACGUUCGUGUCCAGAAGUAAUACAUUAAAUGGAUCAUCAUAUUCUAAGCCGGACAUAAAUGGCAGCGAAGUUUCAAAUCAGAAGGAAAGGAAAGUUGGCUCAACAAAGGACGAGUGCUUCAAAGAUUCUGGUAUUGAACCUGGAUUGGAAGACCUUCAAAAGUCCGAGACCACUUUAGACCGUGAAGUCAACGGCAACGGUACAGAGGCAAGUCUAUCGGUGGAGAAAAGCUUCCCUGAAGUUGAGCCAACAAUUAAACCAAUUAGAAGUGAUGAUACUUUAAAUAUGGUAUCCAAUUCUAAGCCUGACCUAAAUCCAAGUGAAGAUUCUGAUCAGAAGGAUAAGAAAUUCAACUGGAAAAAGAUUGACAACAUCAAAGACUCUAAUGUUGAACCUAGAGUCGAAAAUCUUCAAAGUUCUGAGACCAGUUCAGACCAUAAAGUUAAUGGUGAUAGUAGAGAAACAAAAUCAUCUGCAAAGACAGAAAAUUGGCUGGAGAAAAAUUUCCAUGAAGUUGAGCCUAUAAUUAAGCAAAUUAGAGCUGGAUUUAGAGAUAACUACAUGGUUGCAAAAGAGAGAGUUGAUCAACCUUUAGAUAUACCAACUGAGAUGGAAUCACUUGGAGUUGCUGAAGAUGGCGGAGAACUUGACUGGAUGCAGAAUGAUCAUCUUAGAGACAUUGUCUUUCGAGUCCGUGAUAAUGAAUUGUCUGGACGAGACCCGUUUUAUUUGAUGAAUGAUGAAGACAAAGAAGCUUUCCUCGGAGGUCUUGAGAAAAAAGUGAUGAAAGAAAACAAAAAACUUUCUCACCUCCAUGAAUGGCUCCAUUCAAAUAUCGAAAACAUUGAUUACGGAGCAGAUGGCAUUAGUAUAUAUGAUUCACCGGAGAAAAUUAUACCACGUUGGAAAGGACCCUCCGUGGAGAAAAUUCCUGAGUCUUUAAACCAAUUCCUAGAUAAUAAAAUAAAGACAGCUUCCACCAGAAACUUGAACCCUGUGAAGAAGGAUGAGAAGGAAUCAGCUAAAAAAUCAGUGGAUUCAUCUUCAAAAGUAAAGGUUGAUAAUUCUACAGAACCGAAGAAGUUAAAAAAUCCAAAGACUGUUGUUGAAGGAAGCGAUGGUUCUGUUAAAGCUGGCAAAAAAUCAGGGAAGGAAUAUUGGCAGCACACGAAGAAAUGGUCUCAAGAGUUUUUGGAUUGUUACAAUGCUGAAACAGACCCGGAAGUUAAGUCCAUAAUGAAGGAUAUGGGGAAGGACUUGGAUCGCUGGAUAACUGAAAAAGAAAUCAAGGAAGCAGCUGAUGUGAGGAAACAAUUACCUAAUAAGAAUAAAAGUUUCGUGGAAAAGAAACUCAACAAACUUAAAAGAGAGAUGGAGUUGUUCGGACCGCAAGCAGUGGUUAGCAAAUAUCGUGAAUAUACAGACGAUAAAGAAGAAGAUUACUUAUGGUGGUUAGAUCUUCCAUAUGUACUGUGCAUUGAGGUAUAUACCGUAGAGGAUGGAGAAGAAAGAAUCGGAUUUUAUUCAUUGGAGAUGGCUCCAGAUCUUGAAUUGGAGCCUAAGCCAUAUCAUGUGAUUGCUUUCCAAGAUCCCGGUGACUGCAAAAAUCUUUGUUACAUAGUCCAGGCUCAUAUGGAGAUGCUUGGAAGUGGCAAUGCAUUUGUCGUUGCACGGCCUCCUAAGGAAGCAUUUCGAGAUGCUAAAGAAAACGGUUUUGGUGUUACUGUCAUCAAGAAAGGAGAACUUCAUCUUAAUAUAGACGAACCACUAGAAGAAGUGGAGGAACAAAUUACAGAGAUUGGAAGCAAAAUGUACCACGAUAAGAUCAUGAAGGAUCGAUCCGUGGAUGUAAACACGAUAAUGAAGGGUGUAUUUGGUUUUAAUGCCUCCACUAUUAGGUUAAGGCGGAAGCGGAAGUUGAAGUAAGCCGAAUGGUGAUGAUGGCUCAAACUAUUUUCAAGAAUGAAACUGGUUGAAGAAAAUGAUGGCAUGGCUGCAUGGUAGCAUAAGUCCAAUCACUUUUGUAAUUUAUUUUCUUUACACAAAAAUUACGGUUGUUUGUAUAUAGUUGAGAAAAUAAUAGUCUAAUCAUAAUAGUUCUACUUAGGCUACUGUUGUUGAUAAUUUGAUAGCAUAGUGAGAAUUUCUCAGCCAAGAAUACUGUUUAGUAGGAAAGGAUUAGUAAUGCCACUUGUUGAUUAUAGUUUUGAUAA